GGGAGGGAUGGAUGGACAGACAGACGGACGGCCACCACCAGCUGCAGGCAGGCUGGGGACAAGAUGGAGGGAGGGAUGGAUGGACGGACAGGAGGAGGGAGGGACGGACGGAUAGACGGACAGCGGGAUGGAUGGCUGCUGCCAGCCCCAAGCAGUCUGGAGACGGGACGGAUGGACAGACGGAUGGAUGGAGGAACGGCCACCGCCGGCUCCAAGUGGUCUGGGGACAGGAGCUGCUGUGGGACACGUGAGCCGCAGCCACCAGCCUCCCCGGGACACGGCAGCGGCAGCACGUUGGUGUCGGCGUCGCCGUCGCGGGGCCCCAGCGGAGCCCAUCCCCGUGGUGCCGUGGCGGGGUGGGGCGGAGGAGGCCGGGCUGAGCCGCGGGGGACGGGACGGAAGAUGGCGGUGUCCGUCCUGCUGCUGGCGGAGCUGGCCCUCCACGGAGCCGCCUUCCUCUGCGGCAUCGUCUGCGCUUCAGCCCUCACCGUGGCACAGGGAGAAUUCGGAGGCCAGUGCCUCCUCUACGGCGUGGUGAGCUGGAACGGGACGGCGCUGGUGCCCCGGUCCUUCAGCCACGUCUCGCUCUGUUACUUCGUCUCGGGGGUCUCCAUCGUGGUGGCCCUUUACUCCUUCUCCUCCCUCCUCCACGGCGCCUACAGCUGCUGCACCGGCGAGUCCCAGCGGGACCGCACUUGGCUCAGCAUCGCCCUGGUCAUCGCCUUCAUCGUCCUCUUCUUCCUCCUGGUCUCAGCGUGUGUCCUCCGCGUGGGGAUGGACGCCCUCUGCACCUCCCUUCUGCAGACCCAGAGCCUGGCCAGCUGCCGGGAGGCCGAGCAGAAGCCUUGGGUGUCCUACAGCCCCAGCCGCUUCUACAGCAACCUCUACAGCGCCCAGGCCUCGGCCUGGGUGAGCGUCUUCCUCUGGUGCCUGUUGACCACCCGGCUCCUGCUCCAGCGGCGCAGAGACGCCCCUUUCCCACUGCUGCGGCGCCACGAUCCCGAGUGGAGUGCUGAGACUGAAGCCAUUUUUGGGGGACGCCCUGUACGGCCCUGAAGAAAAGGGGGGAGCUGGCGUGGGAAAGGUCUGGGGAAGGAGCCUGGGGGCCCGGAGAAGGCAGGGACGUUGUUAGCCCGGCCACCCCCCUGCAGCUCCCCCCCCCCGUCGUUAAUUUUAUUAUUAAAAAUGAGGAUUUCCAGUAGACGAGGUUGUGCCUGAACUCCCGGCUGCUCCCUGUACCCUGGGCUGGAGUUGGUGAAGAUGAUGAUGAUGAGGAAUCGUGGAAUCGUUUAGGCUGGAAGGGACCUUAAAGGCCACCCAGUGUCACCCCCAGGGACACCUCCCACCAUCCCAGGCUGCUCGGAGCCCCGUCCAGCCCAGCCUUGAACCCCCCCAGGGCUGGGGCAGCCACAGCUUCUCUGGGCAACCUGGGCCAGGGGCUCACCCCCCUCACAGCCAACAAUUUCUUCCUGAUACCUCACCUAAAUCUCCCCUUUUUUACCUUAAAACCCCUGUCUCUUGUCCCACGGCUCCCCUCCCUGCUCCAGAGUCCCUCCCCAGCUUUCCUGGAGCCCCUUGAGGGACUGGAAGGGGCUCCAGGGUCUCCCCGGAGCCUUCUCUUCUCCAGGCUGAACCCCCCCAGCUCAGCCCGGCCCCACAGCAGAGGGGCUCCAGCCCUCCCAGCAUCUCCGGGGCCUCCUCCGGCCCCGCUCCCACGGCUCCGUGUCCCUCUGACGGCCCCCGAGCGGAGCAGAGGGGCAGAAC